GAGUGGGGCAGAGCAGAACCCAGAACACUGUUGCUCAGGGUGGAUGGAUUCAGAAGAGUACUGAAGCCCUGAUUGCCCCAGCCAGGGAGAUCUCAGCAUGGAACGUGUCUACCACAUCCUAGGAUUUCUGCUGCUAGCUUUAGGACUGCCACCCUGCACCACCAAACGAUUUCAUGACGUGCUGGGCAGUGAAAGACAUCCUGGGUUUACAAGGGAACAUAACCCAUUACCUGGCUGGUCUUCUGAUGAGAAUGACUGGAAUGAAAAGCUGUACCCAGUGUGGAAUCUGGGAGAUGCAAGAUGGGAAAAUUCGUGGAAAGGAGGCCGUGUGCAGGCAGUCCUGACCAGUGACUCCCCAGCACUGCUGGGUUCAAAUAUCACAUUUGUGGUGAAUCUGGUGUUCCCCAGAUGCCAAAAGGAAGAUGCCAAUGGCGACAUAGUGUAUGAGAAAAACUGCAGAAAUGAGUCUGGUUUGUCUCCUGACCCAUAUGUGUACAAUUGGUCCAAGGAUGGUGUCUGGGGAAAUGACAUGGACCAAAGCCAGCAUGUGUUUCCCGAUGGGAGGCCCUUUCCUCAGCCCCACAGAUGGAAGAAAUGGAAUUUCAUCUACAUCUUUCACACACAUGGUCAGUAUUUCCAGAAACUGGGACGGUGUUCUGCGAGAGUUUCUAUUAACACGUCCAGCCUGACUCUUGGUCCUCAAGUCAUGGAAGUAACCAUCUACAGAAGACACGGUCGGGCAUACCUUCCCAUCGCUCAGGUUAAAGAUGUGUAUGUGGUCACAGAUCAGAUUCCUGUGUUUGUGACCAUGUUUCAGAAGAAUGAUCGAAAUUCCUCUGAUGAAACCUUCCUCAGAGACCUUCCGAUUGUGUUUGAUGUCCUCAUCCAUGACCCCAGCCACUUUCUCAAUAACUCUGCCAUUUACUACAAGUGGAAUUUUGGAGAUAACACUGGUCUGUUUAUUUCCAACAACCAUACUUCAAACCACACAUAUGUGCUCAAUGGAACCUUCAACCUCAAUCUCACUGUGCAAGCUGCAGUGCCCAGGCCUUGUCCUUCACCUUUAUCCACCCCUUCUCUAGGGCUUGCUGGUGACAAUUCCCUGGAGCUGAGCCAGAUUUCUGAUGAAAGCUGCCAGAUUUACAGAUUUGGAUACUUUAAAGCCACCAUCACAAUUGUAGACGGAAUCCUAGAGGUUAACAUCAUCCAGAUAACAGAUGUUCCAAUGCCUGGGGCACAGCCUGACAACUCCCUGGUGGACUUCACUGUAGCCUUCAGAGGCAGCAUCCCCACGGAGGUCUGUACCAUCAUUGCUGACCCCACCUGCCAGACCACCCAGAAUGUGGUCUGCAGCCCAGUGGAUGUGGACGAGAUGCGUCUAUUGAGCAUGCGGAGAGCCUUCAAUGGGCCUGGCACGUACUGUGUGAACUUCACUCUGCAGGACGAUGCAAGUCUGGCCCUCACAAGCACACUGAUAUCCAUCCCUGGCAAAGACACAGCCUUCCCUUUAAGAAUGGCACAUGGUGCCCUGAUCUCCCUCAGCUGCUUGGCCAUAAUUGUCACUGUGAUUGCUGCCUUGAUGUACAAAAAACACAAGAAAUACAGACCAAUAGAAAACCAUUCUGGGCAUGUGAUCAAAAGCAAAGGCCUUCAUGCUUGCCUCCACCACACCAAGGCUGCGAUAUUUCCAGGAAACCAUGAGAAGAAUCCAUUGCUGCAGGACAAACGGGGGAUUCCUUAAGUCUUCUGCCUUAUUUCUGACCAACAGCCCUCUUUUCAGUGCCGUUAAUGUGAGCUGUGCAGAAGUAGAUAGCUGUUGAUUCUUCUUUCCUAAAGCUUAUUCUGUAAUAUGUAUUAUGAUCUAGGGAGGUUGGUUAAAUGACAUUUUAGAGAAAUGAUAGCCCUACUGCCUUUCAUUAUGUGUUAUAAUUCACACUGCACUCCAUUAGGGUAGACAUACUGUGUCUCAAGAGCAAGAAGACUCAUUAGACUCUGACCCAGAUUAGCUGGAAAAAGAGGCUGGACAUUUUCUGUCUCUCUGUACAAUCAUAUGCAAUAACACCAUUGUAGUUCUGGCUAGAUUUAGCUCCAUGCUUAUUGAAUUCUAUUUCAUUGAAUAUGCAUAAGCUGCUGAUGAAUCAAUAAUAAGCUCAAGCCUCUCAUAUGAUGUGCAUACUUGGUUGUUGUUUUUUAAGUGCUUAUCUGCUGGAUGCUGCUGGCUCACGCCUGUUACCCUAGCAACUCAGGAGGCUGAGAUUUGAGGAUCACGGUUUGAAGCCAGUCAGGACAGGAAACUU